CUGCAAUGCAUGCCCGCCUGGUCAUGGCUUUUCUUUCUACUCCUAUAUCUGCGUCUGAUUCUGUGUCUCUCUUUAUUCUCUUCUCCAUCCUGAGAGCAUAUCGUGGCAAUGUCAAUACUUACACGCGAAGAGGUUGAGAAGCACUCGUCCCGCCAGUCGUGCUGGGUAGCCAUCCAUGGCUCGGUUUACGAUGUGACCGACUUCAUAGACGAACACCCCGGCGGCCCGCAAGCUAUCCUGCGCUGUGCAGGCAAGGACGCAACCGCGGACUUUGACUCCGUCCACGACCAGACUCUCCUCUCUCAGACCCUCCCACCAUCCGCUCUGCAAGGCCAGAUUGAGCCUGGCACACUGAUUGCCACCACAUCAUCAUCAUCAUCAUCAUCAUCAUCAUCAUUAUCCUCAGCACCGCGACCCUUGCCCGAGAUAAAGACCACCGCCACUGACCCUCCCAUUGCCCCUCCACUAUCCGCACUAAUCAACCUGCACGACUUCGAGAAAGUCGCCCAACAGCAUCUCCCCGCACACGCAUGGGCCUACUACUUCUCCGGCGCCGACGACGAGAUCAGCAAGGCCCAGAACCAAAAAGCCUACCGCAAGGUAUCCCUUCGGCCGCGCAUCCUUCGCAGCAUCCGCGCUGUAGACACCAGCACGACGAUCCUGGGCCAGCGGGUAUCAUUGCCGGUGUAUAUGAGUCCCACGGGGAUCGGCAAGCUGGCGCACCCGGACGCUGAAUGCGCGCUUGCGGCGGCGGCGGGCCACGAGGGGCUGGUCCAGGUCCUCGCUAAUGGGUCGAGUAUGCCCAUCGAGCGGGUGCGAGCCGCGCGCACUAACCCGGAACAGCCGCUCUUUGCGCAGUUGUAUGUCAACAAGGACAUUCGCAGAUCCGAGGAGACUGUGCGGAGGGCCGUCGAGGCCGGGGCGAGGGCGAUCUGGGUGACGGUGGAUUCGCCGGUGGUGGGGAAGCGGGAGAUGGAUGAGAGGCUGAAUCUGGAGGUCCAGGCACGAGACUCCUCUGCGCGCGGGCAGGGGGUCGCAAAGACGAUGGCCAGUUCCAUUUCUCCGUUCAUCGACUGGGAGAUCCUCACCUGGUUGCGCGGCCUCACCGAUUUGCCGGUUGUGAUCAAGGGGAUCCAAUGUGUAGAGGAUGCAGUGCUGGCUUAUGAGCACGGAGUCCAGGGGAUUGUUCUGUCCAACCAUGGAGGGAGAUCGCAGGAUACCGCCCAGCCGCCGCUGGUCACCUUGCUGGAGAUCCGCCGACACGCGCCCUCUUUGAUCGGGAGUCGCAUGCAAAUCUUUGUGGACGGCGGUAUUCGUCGCGGAACAGAUGUGCUCAAGGCUCUGGCAUUGGGCGCGUCGGCUGUCGGCCUCGGCCGGCCGUUUCUGUAUGGCCUCGCGGCGGGAUACGGGGAGGAGGGGGUGCGUCGCGUGGUUGCCAUCCUGCGACAGGAAAUCGAGGCGAAUAUGGUAUUUCUGGGGGUGACGAGGCUGCCAGAUUUGGGACCGCAUCUGCUGAACACGAGCCGGUUGGAAAGAGAUGUGGUGGGAGAGGUGAAGCUGUAGCUUUAAACAAGCUGUGAAGAGUACGGAGUAGACAUGAAGACAGGAACGAGUUUACUUAGUAGUAUAUGAGACAUCACAUACCUCCCCGACCAUCAGCUUAACUCACCCCACAGUUCACUCAUAACUCCUGCCAGUGAUUCAAUGUAUUGUCUCUCCUUUGCGGCCCUCCGGG